UUAAUUUCCUUAAUCAAGCGCGUCAGUCAAACAACAAAAUGAUGAGAAGACAUUUACUUUUGCUGUCGAAAAACUUGCAAACUGUAGCUAACGGAAGAGUGCAACACUGCAGGAGACUGCAUCAAUCAUUAGUGCAGAAGACUGCACAGACCGGUGACAACCAUGAAGAAAAGCCUGAGUACCCAGGCUCUAAGCAGCUCAAGUUUGUUCACCAGCUUGAGUUGCUCGACCCUGACAAAGAACCAGGAAUUCCUGUGUACCGGGUCAUGGACAGGAAAGGCAAGAUCGUGCAGCAUGAGGGUGGGAAUGAAGAUCCAAAUUUGGACAAGGACACUGUAACAAAGAUGUACCAUGAUAUGACUGCCCUCAACACCAUGGACAAGAUCUUAUACGAGUCCCAGCGGCAGGGUCGUAUCUCUUUCUACAUGACCAACUUCGGAGAGGAGGGCACCCACAUUGGCUCCGCAGCUGCCCUUAAGCCUCAGGACUGGGUGUAUGGACAGUACAGGGAGGCAGGUGUGCUUAUGUGGAGAGGGUUCACUUUGGACCAGUUCAUGGACCAGUGUUACGGCAACUCAGGGGAUAUGGGACUGGGACGACAGAUGCCUGUUCAUUAUGGCUCUAAGGACCUCAACUUUGUCACAAUCUCAUCAACCCUUGCCACACAAAUGCCCCAAGCUGCUGGCUCAGCAUAUGCCAUCAAGCGUUCGGGCAAGGAUGCCUGUGUGAUAUGUUACUUCGGUGAGGGAGCAGCAUCUGAGGGUGACGCCCAUGCAGCAUUCAACUUUGCCGCAACUCUAGAGUGUCCUAUCAUAUUCUUCUGCCGGAAUAAUCACUUUGCAAUAUCAACGCCAUCCUCAGAACAGUAUAAAGGCGAUGGCAUUGCUUCCCGGGGCUCAGGUUAUGGAAUGAGGACUAUAAGAGUCGAUGGUAAUGAUGUGUUUGCCACAUACAACGCUGUGCGGGCGGCUCGAGAUGUCUGUGUGAAGGAACAGAAGCCUGUCCUUAUAGAAGCUAUGACUUACAGAGUUGGACACCAUAGUACCUCAGAUGACAGUUCAGCGUACCGGUCCGUAGAUGAGGUUUCAUACUGGGACAAACAGGACACGCCCAUUGCUCGUCUGCGUCAGUACAUGGUCAACAAGGGGUGGUGGGACGAUGAUGCCGAACUGGCAUGGAAAAAUGAAUCCAGAAUAAGGGUGAUGAAGGCUUUUGAACGAGCAGAAGCCAAGAAAAAGCCAAACCCAAUGCUGUUGUUUACGGACGUUUACAAGGACAUGGAGCCCCACAUUCUCAAACAACAACAGCAGAUGAAAGAACAUGUGAUGAAAUAUAAGGACAAGUACCCACUGGACAAGUACGAGAAGAUGACCGAUUGAGGUUAAACAAAGUGUGAUUUUGUGUCGUGUUUUACUUAUAUGAAUAGUUUUUAUGACUGGGAUCUGAUGCUAGUAGUGGAUUGUUAAAGUGUGUUUACCUGAGAGGUUGUACGUGCACCCAGGAGGUUGCACUCUAUAACAGUUAUAAAAAGUAGGGAUGCAAACGAAUAUUCGAAUAUUCGAAUAUGCGAUCGAACAUUUGGUAUUCGAAUGUCAAAAUAGGUAUUCGAAUAUUCGAUGUUUUUGUUGAAUUAAUAAAUUAUUAACUUUUUGCCUACAACUGUCAUCUUCGUCUGUCUUGUUUUUACAACGAUGGACCCCUAAUGCCAGAGGUGUGAACUUGAUGACACUACACACGCGUCACAUUGGAUAUAUCGCCGGGAACUAUAAACAGUCCCCAUAAUUUUGCAUUUACUGGCUGUUAAACAAGUGACAUCAAACACAUUCCAAUUAUUUUGGGUACAUUUAAAUGGCCAUGCCAAUUAGGGUUUAAGAGAUCGGCCUUUAUACCAAUGUGUUGUCUUCACUGCUAAUCAAGCUUGGCGAUAUUGCUAAAAUCGCCUUGAUGAUAUGAAAGACAUGUGUUAGUUAUGUGCUUUAAAAUGUUUUCCAUGUUUUCGAUAUAACGCUCUUGCGUACAAAAUAGUAACUGUAUGGUUUAACGUUUAAGGACAUAUGUCCUGUAUUGUUGUACAAUACAUCAGUCAAAAUCGACGUUUUGCCAUGGUGUCGUUUUCUAUAAAUAUAUUUCGUAAACAUCAAUCCCAGAACGAGGAUGCAAAUCCGGGAAAAUACGCAAUUACCUGAUCUUUUUUUUGCAUUGUUUACAAAAAUGAACGCAGAGGAAUUGGUAUAAUUCGGGGUUUUUGAUAAAGAUAUAUCGCUUUUUCUUGGGAAAUAUUUUGAAAAUGGGGAAAAUCAGAGGCUAAUUUGUGGAACAAUAAGGGUCCGGACGUGUACCGAAUACGACACAGAAGGGUAACAGGGCCCCGGCUAUUGCGUUAGUGAAUAAUAGUUUAUUACAAUUCUUAAAGGUUCAUUUUGGUAUUCGAAUAUUCGAUCGAAAGAAUUACCGAAUAUUCGAAUAUCAAUUUUGCCAUACGUUUGCAUCCCUAAUAAAAAGUGCAAAAAAAAAUUGUCAAGUAGCUUGCACUUUUAUGCGACAGUACUGUUAUUGUAGAUUGCAUAACCAAAGAAAGUUUUUUAUAAAGAUACUUCGAGACUUACUAAAAAUGCCAAUACCUUAACAAAGUUGUCAUGAUUUAUUCAGUUUAAAGCAUAACCCAGAAAAAAAAAUUGUAUUUGGGUAGAUUCCUGGUCAUUUUUUUUUUGCUACUUAAGUCUAAUUUGAAAGCGCCAUCCUGGCUUCAGUUGCAAGUUUAAAUGUAAUAGACCUCAGUAAAAUAUUAUCAUGUGGCCAGAUAUUGUAAUAAUUUAUUGUUAACGAAUCUCAUCAUGAAAUAAAAAUUGUGAAACAGU